CUCGGUAAGAGGUUAAAUCAAAAGUCAACAAACAGUCUGCCGAAUGGAAAGAGAAGGCAGACAGCUUGACGCUGCCAAGAGAAAGAGAGAGAAGUGUAAAUCAAGAGAACGAAUUGAGAAUAUAAAAACACCUGUUCGCCAAACAAAUUAUUCAGUUUUUGGUUAGAUAUCAACCUCGGCGGUCGAGAUCCCACAAUGAUUAAGUUUAUCGGACUGGUUUUGGCGAUCGUGAUUCUGAGAGAGAUUCGGGCACGUGAAGCGAUCGCCUCCAUUCCAGAUGUGGGUCAAAUCAUCAAAGAUCUCGAUGGGCUGCAAAUCGAUGGGGCUACAUUUCAGAGAGGAGCUCCCUGUCGAGUGGACAUGCAAAAGGAUCUUCCCCGUCCGGACCAAGUGCAGCCCCUUUACCUCCGCCCCGGCACGGACCUGUACUGGCUGCCCAAUGCUGAUGGACAGCUGGAGAUUCCUCGCGGCGCCAGCAUCGAGAUGCACUGCAGCCAUCCCUUUGCCCCCGCCAAUGGAGAGUCCUUGGAGCCCGAACUCCGUUCGAUUCGUGUGAAGUGUGUGCAGGACACAACGUUCGAGUGGACAGGGUCGAAAAUCAAAUUCCGCGACUUUGUUUGCAGUCGCUCCAUUCCCUACACCGUGGAGCGAUUGGACAGGCAUUGCGUGGACGGGGACGUCACCUCGUUCUUGUAUCGCGUGGGCUAUGAUACCGGAGAUGGCAGAUUUGUGGCCACCAUGGAGCUGUGCCACGACCCAAGUCACCUGCGCACCCACUACGCCCGCCAUCACCUCUCGCCGGCCAAUGUGCACUUCCAGAGGAACGUGAAACGCCUGAAGUUCAGCGCCGCCGGCCACUUUACGGGCUUUGACAUGGCCAGGAUUUAUUCGCACAAGAGCCAGGAGAAACUGAUGGCCCCCGCCGGCCUUAUAGACGUGAAGAGUGGCCUGUUCCUGGCCCGUGGACAUCUGGCGGCCAAGGCGGAUCUGAUCUAUGCCAGCCAGCAGAGGAGCAGCUUUAACUACGUGAAUGUGGCACCCCAGUGGCAGAGCUUCAAUGGGGGUCAGUGGGCCGUCCUGGAGGACUCCACCCGGCGCUAUGUGGCCAGUUCUGGCAUCUCGGCCAGUGUAUAUACGGGCACGUAUGGGGAGAUGAAGGUGGCUGGCAGCAAAAGCCUUUACCUAACCACCGAUGCCAAUGACAAUGGGCUGGUGACCGUUCCCCAGCUCUUCUAUCGCGUCCUCGUCGACGAUGGGAACCCAACGCGCGGAAUCGCUUUGCUGGGCGUCAACAAUCCACAUGCCACAUUGGCCCAGAUCCAUGAGUCCUAUAUCAUUUGCGAUCCCGUCGAGGAGCUGGUGCAAUGGCUGAGCUGGCUGCACAAAAGCAACGCAAAGGGUAACCUGAAGAAGGGCUAUCUGUAUGCCUGUUCCGUGGCGGAUUUGGCCCGGGUUGUCGGACAGCUGCCACGCCCCCUUCUCCAGGUGGACGAGCUGCUCACUUAGAUGCGGGCGAUGGGACUACAUUUACUUUUACCUGAGUGCAAUAUAGACUGAGUGGAUUGUGUGUCGCAACAGCAGUGUUUAAUUGGAAAAGGCUUUUACAUUGAUUAGAAAGUGUUUCGAUUUUUAAAUUUCCUCAAAAGUUUAUUUACAAUUAUUUCCAAAUAUGUACUUAUCACUUGAUGCUUUUAAAAUUUAAAGUUUAUCGCCAUUUGAGCUAAAAUGCGGAAAUUGUAUUGCCAGCUGCUAAAAAUUUUUAUUUUAUUUUCGUGGAGGUAUUAUUGCAGUCACAUGUGCCAAAAAUGUUUUGUAAGAAAAGCUUUCUUUAUUAUUGUUUACAUAAAGAUUUUAAAGGGAAUUUAAGAAAAAAAUGUAGAAACUUAAACCUGCUUAAAGAAAUAAGUUUAAUUGUUAGAUAUAUUAAUUUGUAUUAAUAAACAUUUCUGAUAAACCAUAAAUGAGACAAAACAAAAAAGAAUGUUUGGAUUUCACAGGAAUACAUUUUCUGAAUAAGUAUUUAUCGCAAAACAUUAAAUUUUUGGUUUAAAUCAUUUUAUAUUAGUUUCAUUAACUCAUUGAACUUUUGAAUAUAUAUCUAAGAAAGACUCUAAUUUAUAUCAUCUGUUUUAAAUAAAUCCGUAAAGAAACCGCCUAAGGA